CGUCUAGGAGGAAUACCGAGGCGAGGCAUGAAUCUGAGUUGCACUGGAUGGAUGCUGAACGGGAAGGGAGUAUGGAAUGGGAAUGCCGAGAAUCCUUGAACUAACAUUAGCUACCGGCUACAAAGGCAAACUGUCAACUGAAACUAUAUAGCCUGGCUAGUCAUCAAGAGGGACCAUAUAGAAGAACUCAAGACUGAGCUGUAAAUGUAUCGGCAGCCGAGAGCCCAGCAUGAAGAGGACAGGCCGGCCGGUGGGGAGUAAGGCUCCGAGUGGCGAGCGAGGGAAGACCGAGGGUGCGGCAACAGGAGCCUCCGCCAAGGCUGCUGCCAAGACCUCUUCAGCACCACCGCUUUCUAAGGUAAAAAGCAAUGACGAUCUGUUAGCAGCCAUGGCUGGGGGCGCUCCUGCACCUAGCAGCACGGUCACCAAGAGCAAGCGGACAGCAUCCACCGGAACCAGUGCCGGUAACCCAGAGAAACCGAAAACUUCAGGAGCCUCAAAUAAGCGUGCGACAUCCUCGGUGUCCAAGGAGUCGGCCACAUCCCGGGAGCGUCUACGGACUUCACGAACUUCGGCCAGUAAGAAGCAGUCAGCGUCCGGGGCGGGGAAAGGGGAUGCUGCGCAGGGGAAGCGUUCCCGCGGCCAUGCGCCGCCCGAGUCGGAAGCCCGCAUGAACAAGUCUAAAUCGGACAGCCAGAUCAGUGACAAGGUGGCCCUGGAGGCCCAGGUAACGGACCUGCUGGGCCUGGCCAAGAGCAAAGACGUGGAGAUCCUGCACCUGCGUAGCGAGCUGAGGGACAUGCGAGCCCAACUGGGCCUGGGACUGGAGGAGACGACCCCCGAAGAGGGCCCGGGCGAGGAGGAGAAGCCCCAGGGCUCUGCCAUCACGGCGGCAGACGUGGAGUCCACCCUGCUCCUCCUGCAGGAGCAGAACCAGGCCAUCCGCGAGGAGCUCAACCUGCUGAAGAGCGAGAACCGCAUGCUGAAGGACCGCCUCAACGCCCUUGGCUUCUCCCUGGAGCAGAGGCUGGACGGCUCCGAUAAGCUCUUCAGCUACCCCUCCCUGAGCCCAGAUCUGGUGGCGGGAAGCGGGCACAGCGACGGCGGGGGAACAGGGACGCUCGCGUCCUCCGUGGAGGGCUCCGCUCCGGGCUCCCUGGAAGACCUGCUGACCGGCCACCAGCACGGCGGCUCGGCGGACAACCUGGACAGCGAGUCCAGCGAGGUCUACCAGGCGGUGACCUCCAGCGACGACGCCCUGGACGCCCCUUCCGGGGCCUCCUCCUCUUCCGAGUCGGAGGGCGCGCCCGGCCGGGAGCGCUCGCGGCGGGGCGGCGACGAGGUGUCGGUGGCCUGCCUGACGGAGCGCAUCCACCAAAUGGAGGAGAACCAGCACUGCACCGCCGAGGAGCUUCAGGCCACGCUCCAGGAGCUGGCCGACCUGCAGCAGAUCACCCAGGAGCUGAACGGGGAGAACGAGCGCCUGGGCGAGGAGAAGGUCCUCCUCAUGGACUCCCUGUGCCAGCAGAGCGACAAGCUGGAGCACUACGGCCGGCAGAUCGAGUACUUCCGCUCCCUGCUCGACGAGCACCACCUGGCCUACGCCCUGGAGGAGGACAUCAAGAGCGGCCGCUACAUGGAGCUGGAGCAGCGCUACGUGGACCUGGCGGAGAACGCUCGCUUCGAGCGGGAGCAGCUGCUGGGCGUGCAGCAGCACCUGAGCAACACGCUCAAGAUGGCGGAGCAGGACAACGCUGAGGCCCAGGAGGUGAUCGGCGCCCUGAAGGAGAGGAACCACCACAUGGAGCGCAUCAUGGAGUCGGAGCGGCAGGACCGCAAGGCCAUGGUGGGCGCCCUGGAGGAGUACAAGGCGGCGGUGAACUGCGACCAGGUGGAGCUCAACCGCUGCCGGGCCCAGCUGGACCAGGAGAGACAGAAGGUGGCGGAGCUGUACUCGGUCCACAACCAGGGGGACAAGAAUGACAUCUGCCAACUUCUGGAGGGCGUGCGGGUGGACAAGGAGCAGGCGGAGGGCAGGGCCACCAAGCUGCAGGAGGACCUGGGCCACGCCCGGACCGACGUCACCAGGCUACAGGACACCCUUAACAAGCUGGAUGGGGAGUACAGGGCCUUCCAGGAACAGGUGCAGAUGCAGAUGGCCGAGCACAAGCGGGGCCUGGAGAAGCAGCGCGGCGACCUGCAGGAGAAGGAGACGGAGGUCUCCGACAUGAAGGAGACCAUCUUCGAGCUGGAGGACGAGGUGGAGCAGCACCGAGCCGUCAAACUCCACGACAACCUCAUCAUCACCGACCUGGAGAACUCUGUUAAGAAGCUGCAGGACCAGAGACAUGACAUGGAGCGGGAGAUUAAGAUUCUCCACAGGAGACUGAGGGAGGAGUCGGCGGAGUGGCGUCAGUUCCAGGCCGAUCUCCAGACGGCCGUUGUCAUCGCUAAUGACAUCAAGUCGGAAGCCCAGGAGGAGAUCGGAGACCUGCGGCGCCGGCUCCACGAGGCCCAGGAGAAGAACGAGAAGCUGGCCAAGGAGCUGGACGAGGUCAAGAACCGCAAGCAGGAUGAGGAGAGGGGCCGGGUGUAUAACUACAUGAACGCCGUGGAGAGAGACUUGGCCGCCCUGAGGCAGGGCAUGGGGUUGAGCCGGCGCUCGUCCACCUCCUCCGAGCCCUCGCCCACCGUCAAGACCCUCAUCAAGAGCUUCGACAGUGCCUCACAAGGUACCCCCCAGUGCGAGUGUCCGGUGGCUGCUGCUGCUGCUGCUGUAGCUGCUGUUACCGCUGCCCCCGCGCCCCCUGCUGCCCCCCUCCCACGCACCCCGCUCAGCCCCAGUCCCAUGAAGACCACCCCCGCCGCCGCCAUCUCUCCCAUACAGAGGCAUUCCAUCAGCGGCUCCAUCUCUGCUCCGAAGCCCCUCUCCUGUCUGAGUGAUAAGAGGCCCAGCUACACAGACGUCAGCAUGCCAGCAGAGCAUCUCCUCAGGGGCUCGUCUGCCAGCCGCCCUCCGUCUGCUCUCCAGAGGGUCUCCAACAUGGAUGCCUCUAAGGCCAUGUCAGUGUCCCGCAGGAGCAGCGAGGAGAUGAAGAGGGAGCUCUCGGCCUCCGACGGGGGCUCCUCGUCCUCUCUGAUGGCCAUGGCCUCGGCCUCCUCCCAACUCUCCCUAUCCACCUCCUCCCCCACGGCCUCCGUGACCCCCACCGCACGUGGCCGCCUCCGGGAGGAGAGGAAGGACCCCCUGGCUGCCCUGGCCAGGGAGUACGGAGGCUCCAAGAGAAACGCUCUCCUCAAGUGGUGCCAGAAGAAGACCGAAGGGUACCAGAACAUCGACAUAACGAACUUCAGCAGCAGCUGGAAUGACGGCCUUGCCUUCUGCGCUGUGCUCCACACCUACCUGCCCGCCCACAUCCCCUACCAGGAGCUCAGCAGCCAGGACAAGAGGCGGAACUUCACUUUAGCUUUCCAGGCUGCGGAGAGUGUUGGGAUCAAGUCUUCUCUGGACAUCAAUGAGAUGGUCCACACGGAGCGACCUGAUUGGCAGAGUGUCAUGACCUACGUCACAGCCAUCUACAAGUACUUUGAGACCUGAGGGCCCCCUCGGGCACCCAGGGCAUCCUGAUCCACCACGCAGGCAAGCCAUCACCUCAACCCCAGCAUGUCAUUCAGAAACCUCAGCUCUGUGGGGCGUUCUCGCCCCGACACCCCCCCCCCCCCCCCCCCCCCCAGCUACGUUCCACGUCUUCCACGCUCGUCUUAAUGCCCCUCCUCAGCGCGGAGGAGAAGCCUCUCAAGAAUCACUGAACUAGUUCUCUAUCCUCCGGAGCGUGGGGUGGGAGCUGUGUACAUAGGAACAUUCUAGAUCUUUAGAGGGACGGAAGCUUCGCCCGAGGGCACUUGAAGACCUCUUUUAGGGUUUGCCAUAUAUAGGGUGACGUCAAGCGCCAGUGCUGAACGGAGAGCCGAGCUGAGGCACUCUCCUGUGGUUCUCCAGCUCCAGGGCCAUGCUGCAGUCACCCCCACUCCCAGUGCCUUCCUACCCUGCUUCCUCUUCUCCGACCCUGGCUUCGUCCCACUUGUCUCAGCCAAGAUGCUUUUCUACGCUGAUCUGAUUACUAUGUGUGAUCUGCUUUAGUAUGGAGACCAGAAAAAAAAGGAUAUUUUACUUUUGAAGUCUUCCUGACCCAUGAGUUCCGUCAGCAAAAUGUGCCUCUGAUGGCAGAAGUGCCUGUCCGGAUAGCCUUUCUGGAGUUUGGUUUAUAAACACCGUGAGCUUGUACUAUAGAUUGUAAAGGGAUCAAUUUAUCAGGAACAUUAUCAUCUUUUACACUCAAGUUGUAGUUCUUAGGAACUGGACUCUACCUCUAAAAGGAGAAGGAGUGUCCUUACACUACAAUAUGGGAUAGCUUUUAUUUUUUUCCCCACUUUCUCCUAAAUUCCGUAGAAUUGUGUGGAAGGCCUGUGUCAUCUUAUGCUUAUGCUCAGUAAUGUGUAGUUUGAUUGUAUUUCUUCUAUUUGCUCCAACAACCAAGUAAUUGAAAGAAAGUGUGACAACUUUAAAACUGUUGCCAAUGACAACAGAGUUAACUGUACAUAUCAGAUCAACUCAUAUUUGUCAGAUUUCAUUUAUGAUAUAUUAUCAUCUAUCGCCUUAGUUUAAUAAUUUCCUGUUCAAAUAAAUAUAUGCAGAGCACGCCAAUUUAUGUUUACAUUAUACCACCAAGAGUUAUGUUUAAAUAAAGGAUUAGAAGAGGCAAACAAUUCGUAUUCAUUAGUGUGGCUUCUAUAAUCCAAUAUAGUAUAAGUUUAUUAGUUUUAUCAUGACAUAUGUGAAAUUACUACAAUAAUGUUGCACUGAUCUCUUUCAUAAAAUAAUUACCUUUGUACGCCACAGACACACUUGCAAAUGUUGUCAUGCAGAUGUGGUAUUUGCCUUUUUCACAUGUGAUGUUAAAAACCUUGGAACGUCAACACUAUUUAAAAGCACAUUCACUCUGGACUCCUUGCCAAGCCACCUCACCACCACCAAAAAAAAAAAAAGACAAAACACAAUUAAUGUGUAAAAUGAUCAUUUACAUGAUUGUAUGGAUAUUUAAAUGUCUUUCUCAUGAUCAUUUAACUGUAUGUUGCACAGAAUUCUCUCAACAACAACAACAAUAAGGAUGACGAAUGCAUUUUUUUUGCGUUGACCUACCACAGCAGUCCUUAAAAUUUAUAUUCAACGUUCCUAUCAGCUAUAAGGUUAUGUGAAGUAUCUCUGCCAUAAAGAGGGGAAUGUGUCUUGAUCAAGCUCCAGUGGACAUUGCGUUCCAGAAGGCUCAUAUGAAGUGAUUUAUUAGCACAGAGCCCAAGCCUGCUAUUGUACUAUGGACAGUUAGCAAAGCCAAGAUGAUCCAGUAAGAAGUUCAUUUAAUGUUGACAUGAAGCCACUAUCAAGGGAAAUAUCACAACGUCUUUAUGUACCACUGCCCCGAGUAACAUCACAUCUGCAUCUUGCCUUUUCUUUAGUUUAUUGCUGUGCUGUUUGACAACAGUUAUGACGUGAAAGCUAAAAGGAAAAACAUUGUACGGGUCCACUACAUUUAUAUUCUGUUUACUAGAGACACUGAGCCUGUUUCUUUAUUUUAUUAUUACAAGACAUUUAUCUUUUGCUUGUUGUUACUUUAUUCAUGUUAUACUUUAACAGUUGGAUACAGAAUGAAAGUACUAGAACUAGCUUUUCUUAUUUCUGUUUCAAAGAAAUGAUCGCGACCACGUGAAGGGCUGAAAGUCUUGUAAAGCACAUUAUGAUAAUCAGUUAAUGUAAAGACCCAACCGAUUGUAUUUAUAAUGCUUUAUUCUUCUUCACUUAUAAAUAAUAAUGGAUUGAAAAAUGCUUUUGGUCUUUUUUAUGUUGCAUUUCUAACAAGUAUUGUUAUUAUUUUAUCAAUAUUGUCUCACCUUACAAGUUGACUGGAGAGAAUCGCAUGAUCUGUUCACAAUAUAAACUUUCAAACAAGAAUGUAUUUUGUACACAUGAUACAGAUAGAUACAUUCUAAUUACAGCAUCAGGAUCAUAAGAUUAUACCAAAUAAAAGGGUGACGUCAACUGA